AUGAGCGAUCAGCCGUCCAUCUCCACGUCUGUUGACGUACCGCCAGGCAACGUUGAAGACAUAUUCACACAAUAUCUGAUUCCCCAGAUCCAGAAACUCAGUAAAAACUAUAGAGACGAUGCGGAACGGGCAAAAAAUGACCUUUUCAAACUCGUAGGUCACAAGUAUCGAGACCUUGUGGAAAUCGCAGAAGACAUAAGAACUAUGUAUCGAGAUAGCAUGGAGGUCAACGAAAGGUUAUCGUCUUUGGCGUAUAGCAAGCUGAAUUUCAAAGACUUUACGAACACAAAUCAAUUUGCAAGAUUUGAUUCCGAUGUGAGAAAAAUCCAUGCCCAGAAAUCACGAGUGAAUGGCAAAACUACGAUCCUCAAAAACUUGAUCUAUGAUCGCCUAGUGUCAAUUGACCUAGGACUAAAGACCAAGGUUGACAACAGCGUUAUUGACGAGACCUCUCAACUUCAAGCAUACAUCAACUACAGCAAAAUCUACUUUACGAUUGAAUCGGUAUUUGCUGAUAUUUUUCAAGCGGAUAUCUACCUCAAAGGAAAGUUUGACUACCUUAAAUCAAGGUUCAAGUCGCAUUUGGAGGUUCUUAUUGCUGAACAUAAUUCUUGGGUGGGAAGCUUUGGAUCUCAAGGCACCGCACUUCACAGCUUGAUCCGUCAUUAUAACAUGAGCAUAGAUAUUGGUUUGGAAGAACUUUCUGAGAUAAUCUUAGAAGACGUUGAUAUCGAAGAUUCGCAAUUGCAUAGUAAUGGUCCACCAAGGCAGGUUCAACCUCUCGUGAGUAUAUUGUGUGCCUAUGUUAUCUUGAAUCUGAAAGAUCCAGAGCUUGACACUAUAACCAAGGUAUUUGAGAAAUUUGCUGAAAUCAGGACCUCAUAUGUCAGCUCCCUUAUCAGCAAUCCUGUUCCAAGCUCAAGUAUGGACAGCAAUAUUGAGUAUGAUUUCUUGAAGCUAUUCUUGUACAUUGAGAACACUUGCAACUACAUCAAGACAUACUUCGAUUCCCCUACGCUAAGAAGCAAUCUUGUUUCCACAUUGAAACAAAACACUGAAAACUGGUCGGCUGCUGACGUUAUUGGGUUCCGCAACUGGUUUGAAACCGAUACUGUCAAGUUCAACCAUCAACUAUAUGAGGUUCGUAUACCCGAAUCAUCUCUUGAGGCAGUCAACGAUGUGGUAGUGACCUCAGUGAAGCUGGUGUCUACUCUCUGUGACAGUCUUUUAGAGCAAGCACAAUCUUCUUUGAGCGAAGAAAAGACUCUGAUCAUUCAAGCACAGAAAUUGUGCUAUAAUUUCUUCAUUGAUUUGACCAAUUUGUGUCGUUUCUGUUAUGGUCAGGGCGCUAAAUGCAAUAUAGUCAGACUAUUGCAAGACAAUGGUCUGUUGUCUUCAGUAUUACAGAAUGUGGGAUCAUCGAUAAGUACAGUGUAUGAUGAACACUUGAACCGUUUGAUGCAAGAUUCCAAUGAUGAACCAAAGGGUGGACUAUGUUCAACUUUGACUACUUUGUCGCACAAUUCGACUCAUUCAGCGCUUUUUAGUCAACCAUUAUUUGACAUGCUAGACAACAGUGUUGAAAUGUACUUGGAGACUGUGCAUGAUAUUGCGACUUCGACCUUUUUUAUUCCCAAAUCGGCUGCCCUAGGAAGUGCACAGGUUGAACAAUGGUUCACCAAAGCGGGUCUACUUCACAAUUUACUCGGACUUACUUCUGAUGAGAAAGUUGUGCACGGUGAAUCAAGAUACAACCUACUUGAUUUGGCUGAACAACUCAACGAGUUUGACGCUUCUAAACCAUUCAGUGGCCUCGUAAACAAAAAGGUUAAUUCUUUGAGGGACGGGAUCCUUCAAAAAUUAUGGACAAGAAUAGAAAAGUUUGUUGACUAUGUGGUUACGAUCUUUGAAGUUCAGGACGAGAAGAAUGACAUAAAUACGAGGUACGAUUUUCUUCGCAUCCUUCUUUCAUUGGAAGAGAAUUUGAGAUUAUUGCUGUCUCGUCUUCCAGAUGCAAAUACCCACGACUCGUCAAGUAUCACUAACAAGAUUGAAGCUUCAUGUCGAAAGAAUAUAACGCUCAUCUUUGAACAGAGUUUGAAACACCCAAUAGCAACUCAAUUUCAGGAAGGGCUCAAUGGUUACUUGAAUACUAAGUCUGCCCGUUGUGGUCCAUCAAACCAAUUUACCGGUUUGAUAUACCACUUAUCUUCUGUGUUCCUUUCCCCUACAGAUCAAAGAGAAACGAGCGAAUACGAAAACAUACAAUUAUAUCAAAGCUCAGUUGUCAAAAGCGAAUUCACGAAGCUCAAGAGAGAGUGGAUUGUGAGCAAGCUAAUCAAGAAAUUGGUAGAAAAGCUUAAAAAUGAUUCGGCUCAGAAGGAGGAGGAACCAGCUGACAAAAACGAAGCAGAAACCAACGGAACACACAAAGCUUCGAAAAAUGAACCAGAUUGUAUCAGGCUACUUACUGAUAUACAAUUCUUGUUGUCUCUUGUUCACGAAGAGUCGUCUACCUCUUCAUAUAUCGCCGAAGCAGGUAUCAGCAUCUCUGAGGAAGCAGUCGACAAAAUCAAGAAAGAUGUCUCUGAGUUCUAUGCAUCCAGUAAACAUGUAUUUUUACCUUUACUGAUCUAA